UGCUCAGGUGUGUCAGAGUUAAUUAACCUAAAUAAACGUAUGAUUAAUGUUAGGCUGCUGUCAGUAGGUCGGUUUGAGCCGUGCGUGUGUGUGUGUGUGUGUGUCUUCCAGUAAACUCUCCUCCCAGGCUCUCCCUUCCUGCUAGACGAGCCACUCUCUCACUUCCUCUUACCUGUAAGACUUUGGACCUGGUUGGUUUGUUUUGAUAGAGACGCACUGGGUUCACUAAUAAAGCCUGCAAGUGUAAGUGUGUGUGUGUGUGUGUUUGUGUGUGUGUGUGAGAGAGAGAGAGAGAGAGAGGAUGACAUCAAUCCAUUAUAAUUUGCGUAUGAGUCUCCAUAAAUAGUGUUUUGGUUUUUUAAAUAACAACAAUAAUGAAAUGCAGGUGAAGGUGUUUGGUGUGUGUGUGUCUGUGUGUGUCUACUCUUUGUCUUUCAGGUUUUCCCACGGACUCAGGCACUAGCUGGAGGCGGUCCUAGAGGCGGAGCUUCACUCUGCACGCGCCGACGCUCUUGUCAGGUUUCAGGAGUUCAUUAUUCACCUUACCUGAGCGCGGUUGUUGCAGUCUCGGCACGAGCUCUAAAUCGUGUACGCUUGUGUGUGGUGAUCGUCGGAGUGUGGUCAGCAUGUCGGACAUUACGUACGAGCCACCGGACUUUAAGGACAUGGGCGAAGAGGAGCUGUGGGAUCUGAUUAAUGACAACCGGCACGCGAUCUCUCUGGGAGUGCGCCCGUGCAUGCUCAUUCCGUACCUGCGGCAGGCGCGCGUGCUCAGCGACCUGGACGAGGACGAGAUUCUCUCGUGCCUCAAGUUCACCAACCGCAGCAUGAGGACCAGUCACAUGCUGGAUCUGCUGCGUAUUCAGGGGCGUAACGGAGCUGUGGCUCUGCUGGAGGGUCUGAUGAUCCACUACCCCAACCUCUACACCCAGGUCACGGGCCGCAAACCCAGCACCGAGCCCAGCCGCUUCAGUGGGUUGAUUAAGUACUCGGAGCUGACAGAGUAUUUGGUUCGGGCCGUGACGGGGAUGCAGAAGGAGCUGCAGGCGGAGCGGGAGGAAGCGGCGCAGCUGCGCUCGCAGUGUUGCAGCCUGCAGACGGAGCUGACGCGAGCCACACAGCAGGUGGAGGAGCAGAAAAGCCUGCAGACUGAACACACACGCCUGCGCAAGUCCCUCACAGAAAUGCACAGAGACCUGUUGAAGCUGAAGGAUGAAAAGUGUGAUCUGUAUGUACGAUAUGCUGCAGCAGUGGAGGAGAAAUCAGAAGUGAACAUUCGCUGCAGAGACCUCAACCUGCAGGUGUAUCAGCUGCAGUGUGAGUUGAGAAAGGCUCAGACGGAGACAGAUUUCCAGAGAAAUCGGUCAGUGAGGAGAAUGUCCUCCAGCGAGACACAGCAUCUGCGUGACGAGAUCAUCACACUGCGCAGACAACUGCAGCAAGCCGAGAACAUCACACCAGCGUGUCAGGACAUCCUGGCCCAGGAUUUGAAGGACGCGACGGAUCGGCGCACUGAACUCGCUGAAGAACUGCGGAGACUUCAAGAAGAGAAUGAGGCCCUAACGAGAGAGAGAAGCGAGCUGUUGGAGGAGAAGGACUGUCUCGCUCUGGAGGUACAGAAGUUGACUCUGGAUUGUGAGAUGUAUCAGCAGAAAAGCUCUGUCUUCCAGAACCAGUUUGGAGAGCUUCAGGCCGAGCGGGACCGGGCGUACCUGGCCCGUGACGAGGCGCAGGCCCAGAUUGCAAGUAGUCUGGCAGAGAAGGACACGCUGAGAGCACAGCUGGUGGAUCUCCAAGAGAAAAUCUUCACUCUCAGAGCACAGAAGACACAGAGAGACCCCAGCCAGUCCAGCGAGAGAUCGUUAAGCUGGGACAGCGGUAGCACCAUGAGCUGUGACGGUCCUCCAUCCAGCCCCCUGUAUCGACCCAAACUGCGCCGCAUGAAUGCCCUGCCGCCCAGCUGCUCCAACUGCUUCGACUACAGUAAACAGUACAGAGAUGAUGGCUUUAAUAGUGUGCGGUCCAGUCUGGUGGAGCCUCCCUGUUCAGACUCUCUGCGCAGGAGAGAAACAGACCCAGAGUUCAGUGACCACAGUCCGGAGUCAAGUGAUGAUUCUUUCUGUAUGCUGAACUUGGAGAGUGAUUUUGAGUUUCUUUGCAAAGGUGUCGCCUGUCUGUCUCCUGACUCCCCGGAAACACCUGGUGUGUCCCGGGUGUCAGCUCCUCCGUUCCUUGUGCGUUCUCGUCCUCAAGCCGUACGCAUCACCAGCCGAGCUCAGACUCUGUCCUUCCAGGGGGAGGCGCUGCUGAGCCAGCUGCAGGUCAUUGGCGGCAACAAGACGGGCGUCUUCGUCCAUAAGGUCACCGAUGGCUCAGCCGCACAUAGCAUUGGUAUCAGCCCCGGGGCACAGAUCCUGGAGGUGAAGUUCCAGAAGGAGCAGCGAGCUCUCCGGAUGCAUCUGGAAGAUUCCACCAUGGAGGAGGCUCUGUGGGCGCUUGGGCAGGUCAACGGACCCUGCAGCCUCUCACUGCGAACUAAACAAGAUGCCUAUCAGAAUCUUCUCCAGCAGCUGAAGAGCAGUGAGGUCACCUCAGGUGACUCCUUCUAUGUCCGAGUGAACAUGUCACUGGCAGGGGGCGGGACCGGGAUGCUGUCCAUCACCUGUAACACCAUCCUGCACGUGACAGACAGUCACUACACCCGUGACGGUUACUGGUGGGCAAGCCACGUCCACGACUGCCAGCUGAUGGACCAGAAGAGUGGGUGUGUGCCUAAUUUCUACAGGGCACAGAAGCAGUUAAUCAGAGCGAUUGAGGAUCUUUCCUUUCAACAUAAAGCACCCAAAAAGGUGGAGAGGGAGCAGAUGAAACAGAAGGCUGUGCGGAUUGUCAGUACAGCACGACAGGGCAGGAACCCGUUGUGGGUCAGUGUGGAGGAAGACAGCGACACAAACUCACCAAGCAAUGACGGUAAGCCUGGCUCUAUGAGCCUGAUGCCCUACACGCUGGUGACCCCUCAUUUCCCCCCUGUUUGUCGCCCUGUUCUCUUGCUUCCCACAAUCCUCAGAGGCAUCCUUCAUAAACGACUGGCUGAGCAGAAGGGCUACCAGCUGUUUGAGCCAGAGACUCUGAGUGCCUCUGAACACGCUGUGCGGAUGCAGAAGGGCGAGGUUCUGGAGGAGUGUGAGCCGAACACACACUGCUGUUAUACCGUGCAGGGAGUCGAGAAGAUCAUGAAACGCGGCACUCACUGUGUUCUCCCGCUGGGGUUGGAUUGUGUACGGCGGCUGCAUCGCGCUGGGAUUUUCCCCAUCAUCAUCUUCAUUGCAUCUACAGAACGUAGCGCUCGCAAAUUAAAACACAAACUUCGUCAGAACUUCAUCACAGAGACUCAGCUGCUCGAGUGUUCCUGGAGCGAGGAGCCUCUGCUGGACAAACUGCCCUGCUUGUACCGCACCGUUGCUCCUGAAAGCUGGAACGACAGCGCCGCUCUUCUGGACAACCUGCAGCGCAUCGUCCAGGAGGAGCAGCGCAAAAUUGUCUGGGUUGAGCCGGACCUCUGGUGAUAAACACUCGGUCAACACUAAACUGCAUUUAAUGAUAUACAGAACAUCAACAGCAGUGAAGGAGAAAAACAAAAACACUACAAAAUACAUUUUACUUUUUCACAUCAUCUGUAGGUCACAUGACCAUCAGGUGUCAAAAACAAGAUGUAGAUUCAUGCUGAACGUAUAGCAGUCUGGAUUAAACAGAAACAGGUCAUGUAUGAUGUUACACAUCUUUGGUGUAUGGUCCGUGAGGAAUUUAGUUCUUGGUUAAGAAUUAUUAUAAAUAAUGUUAAUGUGUUCAUUUCUGGUGUUGGUUUGGGGGCAAAACUGCACAAAAAAAAGUUAAUGUAUAAAAUAUUUGAAAAACAGCUUGCAUCAAAAAAAAAAAAAGGCUCUGAGUUGAAGUGAAGUGGAAAAAGUUCACUAAAGUUUAACUUCUGGUGUUUAAUAUUUAAUAUUUUUCGGCCUCUCUCUUUAAGAUGUAAAUUCUUCUUGUCUUACUUCAAUGACAUAUAGGUUAUAAGGUUUUGCUAGCGUGCAGUAAUCCCAGGAAUGAGACGUGUGUGUCUGUGUGUAUGUGCAUGUAUGUGUGUGUGUGUGUGUGUGUGUGUGUGUGUAUGUGUGUGUGCAUGCAUAGCAGGGAUUCCCCCCUCAUCAUACCUAAAUUUGUCCCAAACUUCAUUCCAGCAUGACACACACUCUUGAUGCUGUUCGAUUGUGCUGAUAGAGUUAAAUUCCAGAAUUUGUCCCAAUCUGAAGGUUCUUCUAACGCUCCUCAUGUUGAUCUAAUUUAAACUGUAUUAAAAUAUUUCCACCAUCAUCAUCAUGUCUAAUUGAAUAUCUGGACAUGUCUGCUGGAUUUAGUGUUCCUUUUUUUUUUAAAAUUUAUUAAUUAAAUGUGGUGUGUGUGUGUGUGUUUACUUUAUUGUAGUAUGUAAUAAACCUGACAGCUCUAAACAGA